AUGUUUUAUCCAACAAAAGCAGAUUAUAUACGACCAGCUACAUUGAUACUUGCAUAUACAAAGACUGGACAUUUAAGUGCAGUUGAGUGGGGAAAUGCAAGUUAUCAUUUUUCCUAUGAUGUUCUGAAUCGAUUGAAAGCAGCCGAUUUAGGAAGACCUGCGGAUACUUUAUCAUUUCAAUAUGGAAUCCAAAAUAUCCCAUUUCAGCCAACAAUGGUUUCUGUGAGUGGAUCAGGUCUCUACACAUUACUUUAUUCUGAUAGCUUUAUUGGGUCUAGUGAACAUCAAGAAGCUAGUUCAUUACCAUCAUCAAAAUCAGACUAUAUGGGUCUUUCUGGAGUUAUCACUCCAACCGGUCUUAGACGUCAGUUUACUCGAAUCAAUGGAAUAAAAGUUAAUCGUUUGAUGUUUACACCAUGGCUAGACUCACCCGGUUCCUGGGUCUAUGAAUGGGGAAGUGAUGUUGGUAGUUCUAUGAAAUUAUCAUCAGAUCAUUCACACUUGCUUCGUUUCAUAUGGCCAAGUAGUUAUAGGCGUAUAUCAAUAUUUCCUAAACAAAAUUUCGUAAUUUACGAUAAAACAUCAGUUCGAUGGGAUUCUAAUGGUUUGAAACAACCAGUUAAUAUAUUAAAUGCUCCACUUGUACAGUUGACGGAUACUGCAUCUGGUUUUCGGUUACAGUAUCAGCGUAUCUUUCAAGGAAGUUUAUUACAAUCUUUGCAUAUAAAUCACCGACUACCAGGUGUAAAAACUGCCCAUCCUAAUCUUGGGGGAAUCCUGAAUGCUAAAUUCACUUAUGGUUAUGACUUAAAUAUGAAUCUUGUAAGUAUUCAUACAUCAUUGUUUAUAAGAAAUAAUGAAGACGAUUUUGGUAAUACAAUUAAUUCUGAUGAUAAGACAGUAUUGAAUGAAGAAUCAUCGAUCCGAUUAGAUUCAUUAACUGGUCGUGUAUUGACUAUGAAUGAAUUCACUAUCAAUCAUCAAUCCUCUUCAUUGCAUAUAACUUAUAAUUUAAAAAAUAUACAAAUUUAUCGUCAAUGGGAUGAUCGUCAACGUAUUAUACAAUGCGUAUUGCAUUCACUUAACAGCAGACGUGAAUUGUUAUAUAACUUGUCAUUAUCAUAUCAACCAAACGCUUUACAAGCCUUACAACAACGUGAAGAACGUGAAGGUCAAGUACCACGAUGGAUCACAUAUGUACAUGGUCCAGGUGGACGUUUAGAAGCUGUGGACCGUGAAGAAGCUGGUACAAGUUUAAGAUCACAUAGCCAGUUGAUUUACAAUGCUGAAGGACGAAUAGCACAUCUUCGUAUAGCUACAUCAGAUCCUCAGCUACCAUCGAAUGAGCGGUCAGAGUCUGGAUUAACAAGUCGUUCAGAAGAACUACAGUUCAUUUAUGACUCAAGAGGUUUAUUGGCAAAACGAGGCAACUGGCACUAUAAUUUUGAUGAAGAUGGAUUCCUGAUAAAACGCUAUUUACACAAUUUUUAUAUUACAGAUCAAUUUGCUUACAAUAGUAAAGGAUUGUUGAUAUGGGCCGAGCGUGCAGUUGACAAAAGUGUUGAUUCAUCGUCCACUGACAAUUUUCAUUCAACACCAUCGUCAUCAUCACCAUUGGAUCAAUGGACUUUAGAAGAUGACGCCGGUUUAAAGCGUUCUUACUCAGUUCAAUUCAUUUAUGAUUCUGAAGAUCGGUUGAUAAUUGUGCGUGAUACUUUAAUUGUACGGGAUUCAGUUCAAUAUUUCUACGCCGAUCCCAAACACCCUACACGUAUAACACAUAUUUUUAAUCAUGGACGUUUGAAAACUAUCCGACUGUUAUAUGACCCUAUACAUGGUCAUGUAUUUGCUUUAGAACAAUAUGAUAAUGGUGGUUUAAAUACAAAUAACGGUAAAAGAAACAAUCUGAAUUCUAAUAGUAUUCCAUCUCCAAUGAACUCCUUCGAUGAUAAUCAGUUUCAUCAUGAUUCUACUAAUUCGGCACAAAAACGUGUAUUUUUCAUAAUUACUAACCAUGAAGGUAGUCCAACUGCCGCAUUUUCCGAGAAUGGAAAGUUGGCAUGGGCUGCUGAAUACUCCACUACAGGAAGUCGACGUCUAACAUUAUCUAGCCGCAACAAUUUCUUCACACGUGCCCUUAUUGAAGAAGUUGAUUUACCACUGGGUCAGGCCUCGUGCAUUACCGAUUUUCAUACUGGGUUUCUUUUCUGUCCACCAACUAGUCGUGCAUAUGAUCCUCUUGGUGCAACAUUUACUAGUCCGGAUUGGCGAGGCCUUAUUUCCACUCGACUUUCGAAUGUUAAACGUGAUCCAUCAGUAUUAGAUACUCACAAAUGGGGUCUGACUGAGCAAGAAGCUUUAGGAACUGGCCCGAAUGGUCUCUUUGCAGAACUUCGUAAAGCUAUGACAUCACCUAUUUGGUGGCUUAAACAAGUUGGUUUCAAUCUGGACAAUUUUCUGACAAAGUUUGAUACGUUUGAAGGAAAGGUGGAUAGCAGUAAAAACUCACUCAAAAAUUCAUUGCCUUUAUUUCCAAUUGAUAUUACAUCCAUUCAUUCAUUUGAUUGCAUUCAUAACCAAGGUUAUAAACAGUUAAACAGAAAAUUCGAGCAUCUCAGUAUGUUGAAGUCUAAUCAGUUAACUCCUGGUGGACCACGUGGUAGUGGGCUAUCAAGCUUUCUUCUUGACUCAACAGAUGUUAAUGAUGAAAUGUCUUUGCCUCUGUUACCGCAAACACAAUGUUCGGACCUGAAGUCGGUUAUGUAG